UUUGCGCAAGUUCUCAAAAUUCAGUAGCACAGAGCUAUCAUGCCUCCCCCUCCCCACGAUGGGUAACCUCUGCCCCUGCCCCUGCUGCCUGCUCCAUACACAUCACCUGCAUUCCCGCCCUGCUUCAUUACAGGCUUCUACCCUAACUUCACACCUUGGGAAAGUCUAUUGGCUAAACUAUUUGCGAGUUAUUCAGAUUGUGCGCGAUCAGGACGAACGCCCCAUUCCCGACAAAACAAAACCUCGAAGUAAUUAUCCCGGUUACUCCGGCAGUUGGCCUGACUUUCUUUACGAUCACUACUGAGCUGCUUAGACCCAAGGCUGCUCGUCUCUUUGGGCGGACAUGCUUGGCGUUCAGUCCUCGCGUGUGGGGGGUGGUGGCAGGGGCAAGGCAUGUUUCUUCUUUCGUUGGUAGGGGCCUGCUUAAAAAACUUGUAAUACCGGAUUCAUAUUCAUGGAGAGUCGGCUGCUCUUGGGGGGUGUCAUGUAUAAGUUGCCCAUACAAUCCGCCCACCGCUCCUCUCACUUCUAACACCACUGCUACUACUACGACAUUUCCCGCACCGGCACCAUACAAGCAGUAUAUCUAGGAGCCAGAUCCCCCCCUUCACCACACUUUGCCCACGCAUCAUCAACUGUUCGUCCCCAUAUCAAAGACUGCAUCCACACCCAUCCCUUUUGCCUAUCAUCCGCAUAAAGUGCCUCCUUUCCACCUCCUCUCCUCCUUCACAAUGGCCCACCCAAACGGACAACAGGUAUGCACCGACUCCUGCCAUUACCGAGCUCCCCUAUCCUAACAUUUCUAUAGACAAAUGGUGUGGCCAAUGCAGCGGCCGGUCUAGGAAUUCCACGGGAGAUGAUCGACGACCCCUCCCAUGGACUCACACGCUUGGACAGAUUCCAAAAGGAAAAUGGGCCCCUCUACUUGCCUGCGCCAACUCAUCAGCAACAGCAACGAAACGGCCCCCUCUACUCUCCAGCGCCAACUCGUCGGGAACAGGAGCAACGGGAACAGCAGCAAUGGGAACAGCAGCAACGGGAACAGCAGCAAUGGGAACAGCAGCAAUGGGAACAGCAGCAAUGGGAACAGCAGGAACGGGAACAGCAGCGCAGCAAUGGGAACAGCAGCAAUGGGAACAGCAGCAGCGGGGACACAUACCAGCAACGGGGACACUAAGCUGGCGGUUUUCCAACUCACAGCCCACAGAAAACAUUCGUUGGUCUCGCUCUCGUCGCAAUUGUUGCGGCUUCGUCGCCCACUCUUAAUGCAUAAAUGAUCCACUAUUAUCUGGUCUCCUCUCUUCAUCGACCGAGGCGGCCGCGUACUCUCUGGCUCGACCAACAGCGGAUGAUCGGUUUCCUCAGAAGUUUCCUAGAGAUCUCCGCUCCCCACCGACCCAGUCCGCUACGCACGCCCGGGCCCGACCAACAGCGGAAGACCGACUCCCUCGCAAAUACUUCCCGGUUAUCCACUACCCCCUAUAGACUCUACCUAGAAUCUUUCCCUUUUCUUUUUUCCUCCUUCAUUUCUUUCCUUCUUUGUUUCUCCUCCAUCGCGAUAAUUCCUCCCUCUCUGCAUUACAUCUUUCCCUUUCUUUGACUCAUCUUGUGUUUUACGAUAGAAGGGACAGCAGGAUCGCGGGCUAGCUCAUAGGUUUCGGUGUAGGCAUGCUUUGGUUCUCAAUUAUAACAUCACUUUCUAAUUUCAAUUUUUCCUAUCUUCAUUUACUGGAGGAGUUCCCCCUUAUCCUCUUUCUCAUGAAAUUCCGCUUUACACUUCCGCUUUCAAACUUUGAUUGUAUUACUAGUAAGAAAAAAGAAAAAAAAUUAUACACGGGAGUUCUUCCCAAACCCUUUGCUCAACGUCCGCUAUGUGACUGCAUUAGUGCGCAAAGUACUUGUAAAUUACAGCAAGAGUGGAUUUUGAACCCUCGUACGCCUUACCACUCGGUGACAGUUCUAUGGGAAUUUUCCAAUAUUUUAUCUCAUUUAACCUACUUUGUUUUUACUCUUACCCGAUCUCUACCCUCAUGAGUGCCGGCACUACUACAUCAUAAUAGGAACGAAGAGGUGACGCGGAGAACAGAAAUUGGGAGCAGCCUUUUUCCUUCCCUGCUUUUUUUUUUUCCCUCUCCUUCCUU